AGCGACACCAAGCGAAGGUGAUUAUUUGUUAAUUUUACCCUUACUUUUUUAUAGAAAGCCAAAUUCGGUUUCAGUUCUCUUGCCUUCUACGCGAACUCCAUCUCCAUCUUUUGGCUGGCAGGACAAACCUUCUGAAUUUAAAAAUCCAUUAUUAUUAAUUAUGAAAAUUCAGAGCUAAUCAGAACCCAAAAAAAGAGAGAAUGAGUGGCAACGAGUUUCGAUUCUUCUUGUCUUGCGACAUCAAUCUUCCCGUUACCUUUCGUGUCGAGAGAUUGGAAGGGACUUUGCCCUCCACCAGAUCUCCCAAUUCAGGAAUUGAUUCCACUGAAGAGGAGAGGAGAGCAGAGCUCUAUGUAGAGUGUCAAUUGUACAUAGAUGGUGCUCCAUUUGGCCUUCCAACAAAAACAAGGUUGGAGUCUGCAGGACCAUUGUAUUGCUGGAAUGAACUAAUCACAUUGAGUACUAAAUAUCGAGAUUUAACUGCACACUCACAACUUGCUUUGACAGUUUGGGAUGUGUCAUGUGGGAAAGAUGACAGGUUAAUUGGUGGGGCUACUAUUCUUCUUUUCAACAGCAAAAUGCAACUUAAAACAGGGAAACAGAAACUUAGGCUCUGGUUAGGAAAACAAGCAGAUGGAUCAUUUCCUACAACUACCCCUGGAAAGGUCCCCAGGCAUGAGCGUGGAGAGUUGGAGCGUUUGGAAAAGCUUACAAAUAAGUAUGAAAGGGGACAGAUUCAACCUGUUGAUUGGCUAGACCGUCUCACAUUCAAGGCUAUGGAAAGAAUUAAGGAGAGGGAAGUCUUGAAAAAUGGAAGCUCUCAUUUGUACUUGAUUGUUGACUUCUGUAGUUUGGAGCAUCGAGUUGUUUUUCAGGAAGCAGGGGCCAAUUUCUUAUUACCAUCUGCAAUAGCUUCAUCAAAUGAACUGGUCAUUGUGUGGGACCCUGAAGUGGGAAAGAUAAACCCCUCCGAGCACAAGCAAUUGAAGCUUGCAAGGAGUUUAACUCGUGGUAUCAUUGACAGGGACCUUAAGCCAAGCUCUAAUGAACGAAAGUCAAUACAAAGAAUUUUGAAAUAUCCACCUACAAGGGCUUUGAGUGGAGAUGAGAGGCAGCUCCUUUGGAAAUUUCGCUUCUCAUUAAUGUCUGAGAAGAGGGCCCUCACAAAAUUUCUUCGAUGUGUUGAAUGGAGUGAUGUUCAGGAAGCAAAGCAGGCAAUAGAACUUAUGGGUAAGUGGGAGAUGAUUGAUGUCUGCGAUGCAUUGGAGCUUCUAUCACCGCUUUUUGAAAGUGAAGAGGUUCGUGCAUAUGCUGUUAGUGUUCUUGAAAGAGCUGAUGAUGAAGAGCUCCAAUGUUACUUGCUCCAAUUAGUUCAGGCACUUCGAUUUGAGCGCACUGAUAAAUCUCGCCUUUCGCAAUUCCUCGUGCAACGUUCUUUACGUAAUAUUGAAUUGGCUAGUUUUCUACGCUGGUUUGUUGCUGUGGAACUUCAUGAUCCUGCCUAUGCAAAACGAUUUUAUUGUACCUAUGAGUUCCUAGAAGAAAAUGUGAUGAAGUUGGCAGCUGGUGUAAAUGGAGAAGAAGAUGGAUUUAAGAAGUGGCAGAGUUUGGUACGUCAGACAGAAUUGACAGCGCAAUUGUGUUCUAUAAUGAGAGAUGUGAGAAAUGUGCGUGGCAAUACACAAAAGAAGAUUGAAAAGCUUAGACAGCUCCUUUCUGGUCUUCUUAGUGAACUUACUUAUUUUGAUGAGCCAAUUCGAUCGCCUUUGGCUCCAAGUGUCCUUAUAACUGGAAUUGUGCCUUCGGAGUCAUCAAUAUUCAAAAGUGCACUGCAUCCUUUGCGACUGACAUUCCGAACAGCCAAUGGUGGACAGUGCAAGGUCAUGUUUAAGAAGGGUGAUGAUAUUCGGCAAGAUCAAUUGGUUGUUCAAAUGGUAUCUCUUAUGGAUAGAUUACUAAAAUUGGAAAAUCUUGACCUGCACUUAACUCCAUAUAAGGUGCUGGCAACUGGACAAGACGAGGGCAUGUUGGAAUUCAUACCAUCCCGUUCUUUGGCACAGAUUCUUUCAGAGCAUCGUAGCAUUAUAAGCUAUCUGCAGAAAUUUCAUAAUGAUGAACAUGGACCAUUUGGGAUUACAGCCACUUGUCUUGAAACCUUUAUAAAAAGCUGUGCUGGCUACUCUGUUAUCACAUACAUACUGGGAAUUGGAGACAGACACCUUGACAAUCUUUUGCUUAGGGAUGAUGGACGCCUUUUCCAUGUUGAUUUUGGUUUUAUUCUUGGCCGAGAUCCUAAGCCAUUUCCACCACCAAUGAAACUUUGCAAAGAAAUGGUUGAAGCUAUGGGUGGAGCAGAGAGCCAAUAUUAUACAAGGUUCAAAUCCUAUUGUUGUGAAGCAUACAACAUUCUCCGCAAAUCUAGUAACCUUAUUUUAAAUCUUUUCCAUCUUAUGGCCGGUUCCAACAUUCCUGACAUAGCAUCUGAUCCUGAAAAAGGCAUCCUUAAGCUCCAGGAGAAGUUCCGGUUGGACUUGGAUGAUGAGGCCUGCAUACACUUCUUCCAGGAUCUUAUCAAUGAGAGUGUUAGUGCCUUGUUUCCUCAAAUGGUUGAGACUAUUCAUCGGUGGGCUCAAUACUGGCGCUGAUCCUCAUAAACAAGUUUGGGAUGUUCAUUAGCUUUCGUAAAUACAUAGAUUUCAGAGUAGAUACUGACUAGGCCAAAAACCACUGACAAAAUCUGACAGGUUUUCAACAGCCUCUCCGCUCUUCUAUAUAUAAUAGACAUGGAGAAUGUUCUGGAUUAUUAUUAUUAUUAUUAUUAUUAUUAUUAUUAUUGCCACAAGUCUCUCUGCAACAACCAUUGAGGAUGUAAAUAGAUCUGCUAUUGUGAAUGAUUGUAAAUAUAUCCUUUUUCCGGUUAUCUUUUGAUAUAGGUCUGAACUUUGAACUGAGUGGUGUAUUGGAUAGCUUCCCCGAGAUAUCCAAAAAAACACGAACAGUCAGAAGCUUCCCGAGAGUUAUCAUGCUCAAAGAGAUAGAUCCCCCGUAAAAAGGAUAGAUAAUCUGUUAUAAGACAUAAAUGUAUGUAUCAAUAUUCACCAAACAUAUCAAAAUGACUAGUAUUGAUCGAAGGGACACCUUGCAUAUCUUUUAG